AUGUCUGGCUUCUCAUCCCCUACCGCCUCGCCCCGCGCACGUUCCCGCUCCCGCUCAAACAGCAUGUCCCCGCGGCUAUCAUCCGAAAAGCUCCUCCCCAGCAUCCCCGAAGACGGGCCAUCCCCGCCGUCCACGCCACCUCCGCCCCCGUACGCCAACGCGAACCUGAUCAACUCGCAUCUGGCAGCUGUGGUCGAGCUGGUGAACCAGACCUCGCGCGCCGCCAUCCCGGGGCUUCCUCCCAGCCGAACGCACCUCGUCGGCAGCAGUCACCAGCAGCAGCAGCAGCAGCAGCAGCAGCAGCAGCGACAGCAGCGACAGCACAACCGUCGCGUCUACCAGGACGUGCAGUACCAGUACGACCCGGAGUCGCACGGGUCGCGGGCGCGCGAGUUCCACGAGGCGGCCAGGCGGAGGCAGCACGCCCAGCUGGCGGGGCUGCUGCUCUUUGGCGUGUUUCUGCUCAGCUGCGCAGGCAUGCUCAUCGCCUUCAUCACGGCCGCCGUCAAGGCGGGCAGGCAGGGCGCCCACGACUUUGAGAUGCGUAGGCAGUGCUUCCUCACGCACAACCGUGCGUCGCAUUGUGAUGGCGAGUAUGGCCGGUGGUAG